GGCUCACAGCUAUUGGCUUACGUCAGCAUACGUUGGCGUUGAAUGCCACAUAUGGUAAUCAUAGUCUACCGUGCAGUCCAAGUACAACCUUCCGAGUUCUCUUCACCCAACCCAACGCCACGGAUUCCGGAGCCUCGUCGAGCAGCUUGAACCUGACAGGGUGUGAGGUGCUGCGAUAACAACUCCUGCUUUUGAUGUUGAGCUCAUCUGCGCUGCCGUCUCUUUCCUUACCGAAACCGCUCCGCCAUUUCUUUGCUCUCUUCCCGCUGUAUACUCACCCACCGGUCUUGUCGUUUUAUACUGCUCGCGCGGUUGCAGCACCCACCCUAUGGAUACAUCCCCCUCGUAACGAGAGCCCGGAGCUCGAAGACCUACUCAGUCGCGACGUGGAAUGCCUGAAGUGGCAGGCAUACCUCGCUUUGCGCGGCCUUUCCAAGAUUCAUGUGCGGUGGGACGUAACGGAGGACGGCGCAGUGGAUGGUCGUUUCCCCAACCUACACGUCCCAUUGGAGGGCGGCGACUCUGGCGGAGAGCUACUCACUGCACACCUCAUUCCGGGCUGGGUCGACGGGCAGGUGGACGGCGGACAAGGCGAGUUGGAGGGGUACGUGGAUGAAGCAGCGCGUGAUGAGAGUCGCGCGUGGGUGUCGUUAAUGGAGGGCAACGUUCAUGCAGCUUUGGCAAUGUCCCAGCCAUCUCCGUCCAUGUUCUCUGCGCUCUUCGUACCCUUCCCAUCCAAGCACCGCGCCCUGAAUACGAUGCUCAAUCCCCCGCCUGCUCCCCUGAAUGGGUUUGGAAGCAUCCUUCCGCCGUACGGCACUCACGUGGAUCGCAAUGCGGUUAUGCUCCAGUACCGGGAUGCCAUUUCAUCUCUAUCCGAGCGUCUCGGAACAGACAAGUGGUUCCUUGGAUCGAUCACACCGACUGCUCUAGACGCGCUCGUCUUCGCUUAUCUGCACUGCAUCUUGCACUCGAGAGACAACGCGGUGCGUAUCGAGGUCGCCCGCCGCGUCAACUUGGUCGCAUGGGAGCGCCGCGUGCAAGGGCAAGUGCGCGCUGCAUUCCAGCGCCGUCUGCUUACAUAGCUGGCCUCUGCGAAGUUUGGGUUACCAUGGACCGAGCAUUAGGACUCGCGAUGUGUGAUAGACACCUAACCACACUGUUCCCACACAAUACAGCCGACUUAACUCGGAGACGUUAGAUCUGCACAGCUUGUGCGUCUACCUUUCAUCAAC